AAAGGCGCGUUCGCCACUUCAGCCCCCGUACACUCUGUCGCCUUCGCGUUCCGUGCUGAUAUAAUGUAUCGUCAAUUCACUACUCCUCGAGGAUCAACUGACCUCAGCUCCGUGUCGAUCUGCUUGUGUCGAGCUGCGCAAUCGCGAUGCGCCUCGAUGUCGGCUUCAUACCCGUCGCGACUUUGCUCUGUUCUACGGUCGAUGCAUUCUGGCGACUUCCGUGCGGUGCUCCUGUCGUUGUCGAACGCAUGGACCCCAUCGUGAACCCCGGCCUCGUCUCCAGCCAUGUCCACACAAUCAUGGGCUCCGACGCAAUCAACUUCACCAAUACCUUCAACUCCCUCCGCGCAGCCGAUUGCACAACCUGCCAAGUCACCGAAGACCUCUCAAACUACUGGACACCCAAUCUGUGGUUCCAACACCCUAAUGGGAGUUUCACGAGUGUGCCGCAGAUAGGGGGGAUGUUGGUGUAUUAUCUGCAGCGGUAUAACUCGCAGACGGAUACCGAGUUGGUUGCGUUUCCGGAUGGGUUUAGGAUGGUCGCGGGGAAUCCGAUGUUGAGGUCUUAUUACCCUUCUCUCGAGCAACGCGCGAUUAGUUGGAUGUGUAUCAACUACGCCGCCCAAAGUCUCGAGAAGCCUUACUUCCCUCUCACCUACUGUCCGCAUGGCCUGCGUGCACAGGUGUUCUUUCCGAGUUGUUGGGAUGGAGUCAACCUCGACUCCGCGAAUCACAAAAGUCACGUCGCAUACCCCUCCAACAUGAACUCAGGAACAUGUCCCCCCACCCACCCCAUCCGCCUCAUUUCGCUCUUCUACGAAGUCAUGUUCGACGUCGCACAAUUCUCCUCUCUCUGGACCCCCGACGGUGUCUCGCAACCUUUCGUCCUGGCGAACGGAGAUCCAACCGGAUAUGGUUUGCACGGCGAUUUCAUGAACGGGUGGAAUAGGGACGUGCUGCAGCGCGCGAUUGAUAAUUGUACGGAUAUGUCUGGUGAUAUCAAUGUUUGUGAGGUGUUUGAUGGGAUGCUACAGACGACACAGGAGAUGUCUUCUUGUGUCGCAUAUCCACAAGUCAUCGAAGACGUCUCGGGUACACUCGAUGAAUUACCAGGAUGUAAUCCGAUUCAGAGUGGUGGCUACCCCAGCGCGAUGGCGACUAUGCCCGUCUGCACCCUAAAGCCCGAAACACUGAGCAAAGAUGAAGCGGAGUACGAAGAGUUCUUGCUCAGCCCACACCCAGUCAACCACACGGGCUGGCACUACCUGGGCUGCUACAACGACUCCUCCUCCCGCACUCUCCCCAAACAAACCUGGCUACCCGCAACUACCAAGCCCUCCGAAUCCUGCAUGGACGCCUGUGCAGCCGCCGGAUACACCCUCGCCGGCCUCGAAUACUACGGUCAAUGUUUCUGUGGAAAUUCGUUAGCAAAUGGUGGAAUUCCAAGACCAGAUCAAGAAUGUUGGAUGCCGUGCUCGGGGAAUAGCACGCAGACUUGUGGUGGGGAUUGGAGGUUGACUGUCUAUCAGGUUGGGGCGGGGAAGAAGUUUACGUGGAUGCCGGAGGUGAAGACGACGAGGACUGUGAGUUAUUCGGUCAUUCCUAGUCCACCUGUGUUGACGACGGCGACGUCGACGGUUAAGACAACGGGUUCGAGUUUGAAGGUUUCUUCUACGGCGGCGAAGGGGUCUUCCAUGGUGGGUACGGCGACGGGAUCUGCUGGUGCCAAGGCAGUGUCGACUGCGUCUACCAUCACGAGCUCUUCGACAUCGUUGGCUUCCUCCGCCUCCGCUGUCUCCUCCUCAGCAUCUUGCACCAUCAACUGCGGCUCAAACUCCUGCUGCCCCUCCACCUCCAACGGUCAGCAGUGCUAUAACCCUUCCGUCUACACGUGCAUCUUCGAAACCUCGAGCACAGGUAAGGUCACGUUAUGUUCGUUUGGGAUGGACGCGUGUAAUGGAGGUUGUUUCGAUCCCUCGAAGUAUCGGUGUGAGGGGGGAACGUUGAAGCAAGGUGCAGCCAGUACAUCGGCGAGUUCGUCGCUGGCGGUUAGUAGCAGCAAGGUGUCGAGUGUGAAGGUCUCGAGUUCUGUCAAGUCGUUGUCUAGUGUUAAGACUUCCGUGGAAACUUCUGCGAAGGCUUCCGCGACCAAGACUACCUCGAAGAAGUCCUCGUCGACCGCGAAGACCUCUGCCAAGACGACGAGCUCAACUAAAGCAUCUACUAAGGUGUCCGCGACAAGCUCAGUCAAAUCGACGGUCAAUCUGUCUGGUCUUUCUGCAGCCGCUGUGGCUGCGAGCACGAAGAUUUCCUCUGUGAAAUCCAUUUCGAUUACAGCGUCUUCCUCCAAGCCCAAGAUUUCGGCGGUUAAGGCGAGCUCCACGAAGGCUACUUUGACAGCGGUGUCUACUGCUAAAAUCUCGGCGAUGACAUCUUCAAUCAAGGCGUCUUCCACGGUGAAGGCCACUGCAAAGACGAGCUCCGUGAUGUCAACAUCAGCAAAAGCAACGUCCGUCGUGUCUCCGUCGGCGUUGCUGCUUGCAGUGCAACAGACCACAGGCUCAUCUUCCUCGAGGAAGUCAGCGUCAUCCGUGAAGUCUGCUUCCAGCACCAAGAAAGCGUCGUUGACCGACGUGACGAGCACGCAAACUCAUACCACGACGACGUGGACCACGGAUACAACAGUUUGGGUUGAUCCUCCUACGAGUAGUAAAAGGUCGACGAGUACGAAGGUGUCGAGCGUGAAGAGCAGCAGUUCGUCGAAGAAGGUCUCGUCGACAACGAAGGCUACGUCUAGUGUUGAGACGACGGUAACAGCGAAGUCUUCGGUCAAGAGUAGCAGCACGUGGAAGGUGUCUUCUAGUGCUGCGACGAGUACUGCGUCUACCAAGGUUUCCUCUUCCGUCAAAUCUGUGUCUACAUCGAAGAUCAGUAGUUCCAUGCUCGAGGCAACUUUAUCGGCGGCAAAGACCAGCAGCUCUGCUGUAAAGUCGGCGUCAAGCACAAGUGCGAGUGUCUCGAUGAAGGCCACGUCUUCGUCUAAGACCAGCAGUGCAAACACGAAGGCGGCUUCAUCUGUAGCAAAGGCUGUUAGUUUGAGUGUGAAGCCGAGUACAACAACUAUCAAGCCUUCAACGAUGACCUCGAAGUCUACUAUCGCCUCCACUUCGAGCAUGAAGUCGACGGUGGCCUCGUCCAGCACGAGCAGUGCAACACCUGCAACCUCCUCUGCAUCCGCAACCUUCAUAUCCCAGAUGCUCACGAUGCACAACAGCUACCGCGCCGCGCACUCCGCACAACCUCUGGCAUGGAACAAGAACCUCGAAAAGUAUGCCCAAAACAUCGCAGACACCUGCGCUUUUGGUGACAGCAGUGGCUCGUACGGCGAGAACAUGGGUCUUGGAACGAACUCCAAUUCGGGUUAUUACCUCCAGAAGUGGUACAACGAGCAGAAUUUCUAUGACUACGACACACCGACCGGAUAUUCUGCCAAGACUGAGCACUUCACACGGGUUGUUUGGAAUGCGACGACGCAGAUUGGGUGUGCGUUUGCGACGAAUUGUGGGAGUGUUGGACCGUAUUAUUACCCUUACCUGUUGGUUUGCGAGUACUGGAGGGCAGGGAACGUCAACAAUACUGGGUCGGAUAAGGCGGCGAAUCCUUGGAAGUGGUACAAGACGAAUGUGUUGCCGCCGGCGUGAGAUGGCGAGUUUGUACGGACUUACGGCGUUUGAUCUUUCGAUACCUACUUAGUUUAGAUUAGCUAG